UGCCAUGGCGGCGGCGGCGGGCUUUUCGGGGCGCUGAGGCGAGCGGGGAAGAGGAGGAGGCGUCCUCGUCGUCGUCGUGUUCGCCAUGGAGGACGAGCUUUACCUGGAGAACAUCGACGAGUUCGUCACGGACCAGAACCGAGUCGUGACAUACAAAUGGCUGAGCUACACCCUAGGGGUUCACGUCAACCAAGCCAAGCAGAUGCUGUACGACUACGUGGAAAGAAAGCGGAAGGAGAAUUCAGGAGCCCAGCUGCACGUCGUCUACUUAGUGGCAGGAAACCUUGUGCAGAACGGCCACGUGCUGCACAAGGUCGCAGUAGUGAGAGAAGAUCAGCUAGAAGGUAGGUUCGUGAAGAGUGGGAUGUCUAAGAACCAAAGUGUAGUUCUGCCGGCAUCUUGGGAAUAUGACAGCUGGCAUUCAGACACCCCUAGGCCCUGCUUGGUUUCAGCUUCGGCUCUUACAGGCCUUGAAGGAGCUUCGCCAGGUCCGCAGAACCCCGAGGCCGGCUGGUGA